UCGUUAGAGCCGUCCUACAGGUACAGGGCGUGGAGCAAUAAGGCGGAAAACCACAAAACAUGGCACUUUUAUUUAGAGUAAGCUGAAAAACAUGGACUCGUUAGAGGCUUGAAGAUGACCUAAAGCAAAAAAAUCUGUCGCUAUAACGUCAAAAUGGGUGUGUGCUGUCGGAGCCUGAAGGAUACCAAGGUCCUGAUGAAAAUGGGCUUGGGUCUGGUGCUGGUGGGUCACUUGAACUUCCUUUUGGGGUCGCUGGUGCACGGCUCCGUGCUGCGUGAUGUCAAAGUGAACAGUCGGACCUCCGUCCUCCAGUACGCCAUCUCCAACAUCAUCGCCAUGGUAGCUGGCCUCAUGGCAGUUAUCGGUGGGAUAUCAGCCAUCGCACUGUCGAAGAACAUGCAGAACCAGACGCUGAAAUGGCUCUUGUUGGUGGUCAGCAUCGUGAUCUGUAUGCUUGGCACAGCCGCCGCCGUCAGCGUCGUAGUCUCCAUCGUUAUGGCCAUCGACAACGACGGCUUCAGUCUGCUGACGCAGUGCAACCUGAACGGAACGCUCAACACGUACAGCAUCACCUACGAGUGUCCGUUCGACCCCACGCGCGUUUACGGGACGACACUGACCCUUUGGGGUUUGAUUAUCGUCAUGUCGUUGAUGGAGGUGGUGUUUUCUCUGCGCUGCUUCCUUGCCUGCACCAGCUUCCUGCGUCUCCCCUGCCCCUGGAGGAAGACCCCGAAAAAAUCCAGGGUGCGUAUACGGACGCCGAAAAGCUCCGUCCCGUCGUCUCCCGUCCCCGACGAGGAGGAUCCUGCUGAGCGUCACGAUCUCCUGCGCACAUCCUCACCCACUGAGGUAAACAGCUGGCUGUGAGAUCGAGCUCCAGUCACAUCUACAGGUUCAGAUCAUCUCCCAGUCCCAUGGGUUUAAAUCUCCUGCUAAAAAUGAGAAAAGAAGUUACAGCAUGAAAUAAAGUACUCGCUGGAUUUAAAGACUUACAAAAAAAAAAAAAAAGAAAUGACACUCUUUCUUUUUUUUUAUGUAAAUAAAUGUCUGUACCUGAGCCUUAUAUGUACAGCACUGAUGUGAAAUCUGCUCCAGCUGCCAAUACUGAAACCACAAAGAAAGCUGUUCUGAGAUCAGCUGUCUGUCUCUAAAAAGGUCAAAACAUCCAUUAUUUUUACCGUGGAACAUCGAGAGCAGAGUCGCAUCAGAAGCUGCUCCUCAGACCUUCUGCCAUUUCCGUAACCCUCAUCCUUUACAAGCCGAGUUUCACCUCACCGUGUUUCAGGUGAGCUCUCGUCUGAGGUUAUAGUAACUCCUUCGUUUCUCAUCCAUCACUUCCUCCUUUCUAGCACUAAGUGGCUGCUGACUGUGUUUGUUAGGGAUGUACCGAUACCACUUUUUCUCUUCCCAUCCGAUACCGAUCCCGUACCCGUGUUCUUUUCUACCUUUUUAAAACUAAAGAAUGUAAACAACUCGCUUAGUUAUUAAGAUUUAUUUGUUUCUGGUAAAGAAAUACAAAAAUGCCCUUAUUACUGGAUGAAAAAUGAAAACACAAGAAACCUUAAAAAAAGUAUUAAUGCAGCAGCAAACAGAACUUUUAUCAGUUAGUGGUAUAACAAUCUAAACCAUAUGUACUGCAGUUAUUACAUUAACGUAGGCAAUAUUUUAAAGAGAAUCUUAUAUUAGAAUUCUUGAAACACGUAAACCUGGCAACCAAAUGAGCGACAUGUUUAACGCGCUGAGGUAAAUUUAAAGGACGCCUGAUAAACUCGUCUGUCUGUCGCAGGCGGUUGUGUGACAUAUUACCUAUAAAAUUUAUUCUAUUUAUUUACAUUAAUGUAAUUUAAUGUUUUUUUCAAGCAACAGUUAGUUAAUUGGCAUUAAUCAACCACCACGGGCGUCGGAAGUAAAUAAAAAGUGGGCGUGUCCUGUCCCACACAUGUGACGGUGGGUAUCGGAUCAUGAUCAUGGGUAUCGGAUUUGGAUCGAUCACGCACCACAAAAUGCUUUGAUCGGCGUCGAUACCGAUCCAAAAUAUCGGAUCGGUGCAUCCCUGGUUUAUGUUGCCGUAUAUUUCACUAAGGUGUCUCUGUAUCACAUUUACAAUAAUCUUAUGUAUGUCGAGUAAAAAAAAAAAAAAAAAAAAA